UUUAGGUUAUUUUGUUUAUAUAAAAAACGUGUUAAAUAAAUUCAGAUUGAUAAUGAGUAAAUUUGAGAAAUUAUUUUCAUUGGUGCUCCUGAUAAAAAACAACCGAACUUCAUUGUUGACACUGUUGACAGAAAAUGUUUAACAAAAGUACUGCAUGAAAGAAUUUUGUUUCUAACCAAUAUUUAUUUUUGUUUGAAAUUUUCCAAAUAAAAUAGUUGUACAAUAAAAAGAAAUAUCAACUUUUAUUAAUAUUUAAAAUUAUACUCUUCAAAUGUCAAUUUAUCACGACGAAGUAGAAAUAGAAGAUUUUGAUUAUGACGAAGAUGAUGAAAUAUAUUAUUAUCCAUGUCCAUGUGGAGAUCGUUUUCAAAUAACAAAAGUAUUUAAAUAUUAUUAAAAUUUUUAUUUACCUUUAAUUUAUGAAUAUUAUAUAUAUUAGUAUAGGUGUUUAAAUGUAUUUAAUUUAUUUUAUUAUAAUACACUAAACUACUAAAUUAACAAAAUUCUUUUAUUUUUUUGUUUAGUGGUCUUUAGUUCAUAUUUAUAAUGCAAGGUGUUAUUUUUAACUUUAUCACUUAAUAAUAUAAUUAAAAACUAAUCACUAUAAGUAAAUCAUUUUUACUACUUUAAAUAAUUAUUUAAAUACCUAUAUCUAUUAUGACAUUUUUUUGUUUAUAACUUAUUAACGUAAUUUAAGUAUUGUAUUUUUUAUAUAAUAUAUUUUAAUUUAGGUAUAUGCUAAUUUUUAUAAUGUUUGUUUUAGGAAGAAUUAGAAUCUGGAGAAACUGAUGCUACAUGUCCUAGUUGUUCUUUGGUCGUAAAAGUUAUUUAUGAUCUUGUAAGUAUAUUUGUAUUUUAAAUAUAAAACAGAAAUUAGGAAUUCUAUCUAUUUUAUAUUAUUUGUAUGUUUAGGAAACUUAACCAUUAUAAUUAUUUUGUCAAGAUUUUUAAGGAAGGAAUUAAGACUUAGUAAUAUUAGAUACCUAUGAUACAAAUUAGAGCAAUCAAAAAAUGUGUAUAAUGUCAAAACCUGUACGUUUCUACUUUUACUAGGGUUAAACUAAUGUGCACUGAUAGCAUUUAACUAAAAGAACUCAUUGAAAAUGUUAUACCUUUACAAAAAUCACCAAAUAUUUACAAUUUAAGUAACAAUAAAAAUAAAUAUUACAUUCUUUUUUACAUAUUCACUGUCGUUCACAAAUUACUGCAAUUUUUGCCAAUAUCUAAGUAAUGGUUUUUUUUAAUUUUUCAAAAUUUCCAUUUAAAUGUAAUUCUUAAUUUGUAACUUUUGCCCAUACUAUUAGUUUUCAUUUAAAGAAAUAUUUGACUGUGAUUUUCUUGAUGUGUCUUAAAUGAUAAAAUUAUAGAUUAUUUUGCAUAACUUUACCAAGAUGAUGUUUCAAAAUAAUAAUUAAUCAAUAUAAAUGUAAAGCAUAGAUCUUAAAUUGUUAUCGAAAUGAAUUGAAAAGUAAACUUGAUUUUGAAUAUUUUGUCAAAGGUUACCUAUUUGUAUUUUAAAUUUCAAUUUUCAGGAAACUUUAACACACAAACAAAAAAUAACAACAAAAACUAAACCUUUAGAAAAGUGUUAGUUCAAUGGCAUCAAGUGGUCGAGGAAGAGGUCGUGGUGGCGGUGGUGGUCGUCCACACAUCUCUAUUGGUCCUGAUAAAUCAGAACCUGACGAUCCACUUGAUUUCAAAGCACCUGAACUCUUCCCACCUUUGAGGGCAACAGUUAUUGAACUCGAAGAAGAUAGUGAAGAUGAAGAUUUAAUAAAUUUUGAAAAAAAUUUAGCUAAACAUUUUCAUAAUGCUGCAUCAUUUAUCUCCAAAGAAGAGUAUACAAGCCCUUGGUCCUAUCUUAAAAGUAUAGAAAACCAUAACUACUUUCCACCUUCAUUGCUACCAAAAAAAAAAAAAAAUACUCAAGGUGAAAAGCCAUUAACUGAUAACCAAUGGAUAGAAAAACUAAAAUUAGAUAUCAUUAAUCAUGAUUAUUUAACAAUUCAAACAGUUGUUUCUGCUAAAAAGAAUAAAAUUGAUGAUUUUCUAUGUCCUGUCAAUAAAAAAAAAGUAAAAAUUGAAACAAAUUCUUCUACUUCAAUGUUGAUCAAUGAAAUUGUAGCUAAAGAACUUGAUGAUGAUGAAGAAAUUGAAGUUGAUGAUAAUGAAGAGCAAAAAACUAAAGAAGAAGAAAUAGAAGAGGAACCCAAAGACGACGAAGAAGAAUUUGAAAGUGAUAUAGAUGAUGAAUUAGAUGAUGGGACAGAUUACAAUAAAAAUUAUUUUGAUAAUGGAGAAGACGAUGGCAAUGAUGAUGAUGGUCUAGACGAUAAUGAUGCAAUUUAUUAAAUUUGUUGUAAAUAUUUCUCUAUAAUAAGAUUUAGAUUGUUUUGUUAUAUUUUUUUUUUAUAUAUACCUUAGUUUAUUUACUAUGGAUGAUACACAUGAUCAACACUAUCUCUAUCUAAGACCACUCAUUGAACAAAUAAUGUCCUGAGAAGACGUGUUUGUACAUGUUCUGUGCAUACAGUUUCAUCAGUCAACUUAUCGCUUCUAUGUUUUUCAAUUUAUUUACAUGGAUAAGAUAAGCUACUGAUCUUUUAAUUGUAUAUGACAUAAGGCAUAUACAACAUUCAGUGAAAAGUAUAUGAUUGUUACUAUUGAUUUACUAUACUUAUAAAAUUAAUAUAUUCUAUCAUUUUAAAUUUUAAUCCAACCUGCAGUACUUACCUAUUCAUAUACAUUUCAAAUUAUUCGGUUGAUAAACAUAAAAAUGUUUAGAAUGUGCGUUUUGAAGGUAAAAAAAGCUAUCCUAGGAUAAUGGGGACGGGUGCAAUCACUGUUAUAGAUGAGAAGGUAGUUAGGGAAAAAUUUAAUGUAUAUUUGUAUACAACGAUUAACCAUUGCUACCAAAACACAUUUCUGAGUGGAGUUUGGUUGA